GAAUAUGAAGUGGAAGCGAUACUAGGUCAUAAACUGACGCGUCGAAAGAAGGGCAACAACCGCAUGGAUCUCGUGCGGUGGCGAGGCUACGAGGCGUCGGAAGACUCAUGGAUAUCUGAAUACGACUUGCGAAAUGCGCCGGAACUGAAGCAGGAGUAU